CAGAUCCACACGCCUGAUUGCCGCGGACUCCCAUUGAAUCACUAAUCACACCAACUCGGUCGACCCCACCUUCAGCAACCACACCAUGUCGGUGAUUUCAGAAGAAGUAAGCAGGAAUUGGCUGCACGGCUCGAUUCUGCCGUUCGCAGAGCCUGCAUGGGCGCGAGGCUGCCCCAGCCCAUACUACGGGGACAGUCACAGGCGACUGCGCGAGGCGAUGCGUUCCUGGGUGGAAAAGAAUCUCUCCCCAAAUAUUCAAGGCUGGGAGAAAACAGCGUCGAUCCCGGAUUGGAUAUAUGAGCAAGCUGCCAAGGACGGUCUUCUGAUGCCAAUCGCCGCCGGGCCCAGCAUACCCCCUGAGUGGAAAGGAAAAUACCCCAUUAUUGGAGAUGUCUCAGCUGAAGAAUGGGACGGCUUUCAUGACCUGAUUGUUCAUGAUGAGAUAGGACGUACGGGUGGGAUAGGACUCGAGAAUGGGCUAUUUGGUGGAACGGUUUGGGUCGGCAAAGCUGCAACAGACGUUGACUCUUUCAACGACAAAAGCGUCGUACAUGAAGUCCUUUCAGGAAAAGCACGGAUAGCCCUGGCCGUCACGGAGCCUGACGCAGGCUCGGACGUUCGUGGUCUUCAGACAGAAGCAGUACUCUCGAGUGAUGGCAGCCGGCUCAUCAUCAACGGCCAGAAGAAGGAAGACAGUGGGGAUUUUACCCUGAUAGUAAUUCCACGGACGAAGGGCGUAUCAACUAGGCACAUGGAGAUAUCGGGCUCAACGACAGCAGGCACUGCAUUUGUGGAAUUUGACGACGUCGAAGUGCCUCUGGAUAUGGUCGUGGGUGAGCGCGGGAAGGGGUUCAAGUACAUUGUCUCCAAUUUCAACCAUGAGAGGCUCUUCAUUGCGAUGCAGUCAGUGAGAUGCGCUCGGGUCUGCUUGGAGGAUUCGAUCGGCUACGCUUUGAGUCGAGAAACCUUUGGAAAGAAACUGACUGAGCAUCCUGUUAUCCGGUUGAAAUUUGCCAACAUGAGCAGAGAGACCGAAGCGCUACAAUCGUGGGUCGAGAGCCUGAUCUACCAGCUGGGCCAUCUGUCCAAGAAAGAGGGCGAGUUCCUCCUCGCGGGAACGACGGCGCAGGUCAAAGCGCAUAGCGGCAUCGUGCUGGAGCAUGUGGUGCGAGAGGCGAUCCAGAUCAUGGGCGGCGUGGGCCUGACAAGGGGAGCCGGGCGAGGGGAGCGGGUAGAGCGGAUCUGGAGGGAUGUCAAGGCAAUCACUGUGCCCGGAGGAAGCGAGGAGAUCAUGCUGGACCUGGCGACCAGGCGUGCGCUUGCAGUAACAGCGGAGCUGCGCAAGUCGAGAAAGGACGGCAAGCUGUGA